AUGUUCCUAGCGACUGGUUUGUUCCGGUCAAUAGGCAUAUGGCUGAUCGAAACCAUACGACACUUCAAGUCCCCGUACGUUGGAAUAUGGUUAUUCUGGAGACCAGCUCUUAUCAUCAAUUCACCGGAAAUAGCAAGAAAUGUUCUCGUCAAGGAUUUCGGCAGUUUUAGGAACAGAUUUGUUGCUGCUGGACCUGGAGAUCCAAUCGGGCUUAAUUUACUGACAGCAGAUGAUCCAUUAUGGUCUUCCAUUCGACGUCGUCUAACGAGCAUCUUCACAGCAUCCAAAUUACGGGCUUUGCAGCACCUCUUUGACACCAAAACCAGUGAGCUCAUCCAACGUAUAGACAACACUGAAGAUAAAACGAAAAUUAGUGUUCGGAUGAUGUGUACGGAUUACACAACAGAUGUUGUAGGAACAGCUUCCUUUGGGGUAAAAACCAAUGCAACAUUAACAGGAGAAGACCCAAUCAGAACCAUCACAAAAUCUUUUAUGGACUUUGACCUCCUGAGAGGCAUCAGUUGGAGCGCAAUAUUCUUCUUUCCUGAAGUCGCUGAGUUUUUCAGGUUUAAAAUGUUUCCCAAAAAAUCUACGGAUUUCUUCAAGAGGAUCUACCUUACAGUUUCCAAACAGAGACAGCAGCAAAACGUACCUGGAAGUGCUCCCAAGGAUCUCCUUGAUGCACUAAUUAGCUUAAAAGAAAAUGUUGGAGGACUUAAUGAAGAAUUAUCGGACGAUACGAUUGUUGCCCAGGCUGUAGCAUUCCUUUUCGCUGGCUACGAAACUUCCGGUUCCUCCCUGGCGUUUGCACUUUACGAACUAGCAUUUUAUCCAGAAAUACAGGAAAAGUUAUACGCAGAAUUAGUGGAAGCAAAAGAUAAGUGUGCAAACAAUAGCUUGGAUAUCAACACCCUUGCUGAUUUGCAAUACCUGAACUGCGUUAUUAAAGAGGCUCUAAGAAAGUAUUCACCAAUGGGUUGGAUGGACAGAGUGGCGUUGGUCGACUAUAAAAUUGAUGACAAAUUAACCAUACCCGCGGGCACACCUUUGUAUGUUAAUGCUAUUGGAAUGCAAUAUUAUGAAGAGUUCUACCCCGAGCCGGAAAAAUUUGACCCGGAUAGGUUUUUGCCGGAAAACGAGAAAGAGUCAAUGCAAUUCACAUAUCUGCCAUUUGGAGAAGGGCCCAGAAAUUGUAUUGGAAAAAGAUUCGCCCAGAUAUCCCUGCGGAGUGCUCUUGCAAAACUGGUUUUGAACUACGAGUUCCGACCUUUACCCGGCCAGCCUACACCCUCUGAAAUUGACAUUGACAAACUUGGUCUAUUUUACGUCCCAUCACACCAUCUCUACCUUGACUUCAUACGACGAUAG